CCCUGCUCGCAGCAUGGAGUAGGAGUUGGUUUUUCUUUCUUGCAUGUAUAAAUCCCUUCGUUCUCGUCUCCCUCCUUCCCACUGGAAUAGCAACAGAUGCUUGGCUGAGCUGCAGCGUGCUGGCACCGAGUGUGCCCCGGCAGCCGGGAGAGCUCCGUGCUCGCACCGGCAGGGCUGAGCUGGCCAUGUCCUGCUGCCGAUCCCUCCCUGCACAGAAAACUGCUGCCCGCAGCCUUCGGAGCUGCUUUUCUUCUGAAGGAAACAUCAGCCUGGCAUAAAAUCCACUGUAAAUGCAGAUUGGUUGAUGCUUGCACUUGUAAAACUGACCAAAGUCCUGCUUGGUUCCACCCCAUAUGCACAGCAUCAGCUUGGAAGGACUUGUUUUCCUCGUUUUCCUUAUUUUUUUAUUUUUUCCUCUUUUUAAGCUGUGCUCUCUCAGGUCCACAGUCCCUGGUGAACUCAGCUCCUCUGCUGACAAUGAACACCACACGCUUUGCACUCUCAUUCCAGCCCGUGCUGCUCAACGCCACCGAGCUCUUCAACGACUCCGUCCCCAGCAACAGGAGCGCCGAGGGAUUCUGCGAGCAGGUCUUCAUCAAAGCCGAGGUCUUCCUCAGCCUGGGGAUCAUCAGCCUGCUGGAGAACAUCCUGGUCAUCCUGGCAGUGCUGAAGAACGGGAACCUGCACUCGCCCAUGUACUUCUUCCUCUGCAGCCUGGCCGUGGCAGAUAUGCUGGUGAGCAUGUCCAACGCCCUGGAGACCGUCAUGAUCGCCAUCCUCAGCAGUGGCUACCUGGUCAUCGACGACCACUUCAUCCAGCACAUGGACAACGUUUUCGACUCCAUGAUCUGCAUCUCCCUGGUAGCCUCCAUCUGCAACCUCUUGGUCAUAGCCAUCGACAGGUACAUCACUAUUUUCUAUGCCCUCCGUUACCACAGCAUCAUGACGGUGAAGAAAGCCCUGACCCUCAUUGUGCUCAUCUGGGUGGCUUGCAUCAUCUGUGGCAUCAUCUUCAUCGCCUACUCGGAGAGCAAGACCGUCAUCGUGUGCCUCAUCGCCAUGUUCUUCACCAUGCUGCUGCUGAUGGCCUCGCUGUACGUGCACAUGUUCCUCUUCGCCCGCCUGCACGUCAAACGCAUCGCGGCGCUGCCCGUCGAGGGCGUGCCCCCCCAGCGCACCUGCAUGAAGGGGGCCGUCACCAUCACCAUCCUCCUGGGCGUCUUCAUCGUCUGCUGGGCGCCUUUCUUCCUCCACCUCAUCCUCAUCAUCUCCUGCCCCAUGAACCCCUACUGCGUCUGCUACACCGCGCACUUCAACACCUACCUGGUGCUGAUCAUGUGCAACUCGGUCAUCGACCCGCUCAUCUACGCCUUCAGGAGCCUGGAGAUGAGGAAGACCUUCAAAGAAAUCGUGUGUUGCUGCUAUGACAUGAGUGUGGGACAGUGCAUGCUGUAG